CAAAUCUAAAAAACAACAAAACAUACCACAGUGAGCUCUUAACUCUCCAUUCUCUUUAGUUGCAUCUCUGACGGCAAAAUAUCUCAACUGCACUCAGAAUGAUCCGGUUUGAAUCAGAUGAGUAUGUUUUGCAAUUUUUUUUUAUAUACACAAAAACGUAGAAUUCGAAAUGUAUACAUUUGCAAAGAGAUAUUUACGUAUAAACCCUUCAAACACAUAUCAAUAAACCUACAAACCAUUUUAACAAUAAUGAACACGCAAACUUCAUGCACCAGAACACCAAAUGUAACCUACAUGCUUAACCCCUUAAGGACACAUGACAUGUGUAACAUGUCAUGGUUCCCUUUUAUUCCAGAAGUUUGUUCCUUAAGGGUUUAAAGGAACUCACUGAGUAUUAUAACCACUACAGUUUACAGCAUCCAUCCUCACUGCCACCAAUAUAAUAAAGAGGGAUUUUGAAAUCCUUAUUAUCCUGCCAAAAUGUUUGUACUUGUCAGUAGAAUUUAGAUAUCACCAUUAACAUUUUUGGCGCUGGUGAAUUGUGGUAAUCUCAGCCUUUACGUUUAAAGUAGAAGCAUGGCAAAAACAAAAUUUGUGUUAGGUGAUUCAUGUUUGAUUCAUGUGCAAUUUGGGUUUGGAUAAAUUUUCCUUCAUACGUUCGAUUCAGGAAAUAUGAUUUGGAUUAAACACAAUGGUGAAAAAAAUGCCUAUAAAUAUUAUGCAUAUUUUCCAGUACACUGAUAGGCGCAUUUUUACACCAUUUGGUUCACAGAAGUUACCAAUAGAAAGAAAAAAGGAGGGUCAGUAAAAAAAAUAAAUCUAAAUUUAUAUAGUUACAAUUAGUAUAUAUUGAUUAAAUAUAUAUGCUGAUCAGCCACAACAUUACAACCACUGACAGUAAAGUGAAAAGCAUUGAUUAUAUUGUUACAAUGGAACCUCUCAAGGUGUGAUAUAUAUUAGGCAACGAGUGGAUAGUCAGUUCUUCAGUUUAAUGGGCAAGCAAAAAGAUAUGAGUGACUUUGAUAAGAGCCACAUAGUGAUGGCUAGAUGGCUGGGUCAGACCAUCUCCAAAAUGGCAAGUCUUGUGGGGUGCUGCCAGUAUGCAGUGAUUAGUAUUUACCAAAAGUAGUGCAAGGAAGGACAAUCGGUGAACUGGGAUCAGGGUCAUGGGCAUCUAAGGCUCAUUGAUGCACGUGGGCAGUGAAAGCUAGCUCUUCUAGUCCGAUCACAGAGAAGAGUUACUGGACCAUGGAGCAAUGGAAGAAGGUUUACUGGCCUGAUGCAUCACAUUUUGUUUCAGAUCAGGUAGACAGCCAAGUGUGUGCAUAGUUUACCUGGGGAAUAGAAGGCAGGCAUGCUGAGGCAAUGCCAUGAUCUGAGCAAUGUUCUGCUAGGAAACCUUGGGUCCUGGAAUUCAUGUGGAUGUUACAUUGACACGUACCAACUACUUAGAGAUUGUUGCAGACCACGUACACCCAUCAUAGCAAUAUUGUGCCAUGAUGGUAGUGGCCUCUUUCCACAGGAUAAUGUUCCCUGCCACACUGUUUAGGAAUGGUUUGAGAAAGAUGACAGAGUUAAAGGUGUUGUCUUGGCCUUCAAAUUCCUCAGAUCUCGAUCCAAUUGUGCAUCUGUGAGAUGUGUUGGAACAAUGAAGUCCAUCCAAGAGUGAGUGUGGCAGGGUUGGGGCGAGUGUGAUAGGCUUUGGGGUGAGUGAUGCACAUUUGGAGGACAGAAUUGGAGGGACUUAUGUGGUAGGGUGAGUGUGACAGGGUUGGGGACUGAGUGCGACAGGGCAAGAGAAGGUUGAGUCAGACAGGAUUGGGGGGGGUUUAAUGUGAUAGGGUAAGUGUGGUAAAGCAAGGGCAGGUAAGUUUGGUAUGGUUGGGGGGUUGAGGAUUAGGAGGGUUUAAUGUGAGUGUGGCUGGGUGAAGGGGGUGACAGUGUGUGGGAGCUGAAAGUGUUUGGGAAUGGUGAUAGUGUAUGUGUAUAGGGUGACGAUGUGUGUGGGUGGGGUUGACCUUGAGUGCAUGUGGAGGUGACAGUGUAUGCAUAGGGAUGAUAGGGUGUAGGUGGGGUGACGGUGUGUGUUUGGGGGCUGUGACAGGGAGUGUGGGGGGGGCUGUGACAGAGUGUGUGUGUGUGGAGGGGUGACAGGUUGUGUGGGUGGCUGUUGGAUGACAGGGUGUCGAGGCUGUGAUAGGUCGGCAGGGCUGUGGCAGGGGGUAGAGGGGCUGUGACAGGGUGUGGGGGGCUGGAGGGGCUGUGACAGGAGGUAGAGUGGGGUGGAGGGGCUGUGAGAGGGGGUAGAGGGGGUUCAUAAAUACCUUCCCUGGUGGUCCUGUGGAUUAUCCUGGUGGUCCGGUGGGUGCCCUCUCUCCAUGGUGGUCUAGUUCUCCGGUCUGCAGCUCUGGUGGAUAUGAGCUGCAGACCACGUGAUAAGUCUUGCGAUCUCUAGGCAGAGCAUUGCCGUGGUAACCCGCGGCAACGCUCUGAGAGGCUCUGAGAGGCUGGAGAUAGCGAGACACCUCAGUUUGCAGCUCUGCACCCGACGGAGCAGCAGACUGGAGGCAGUGCUAGGCUGUCAGUCAGGGCGGACUGACUGGAGGGGCCUCGUACCUUGUGGCAUUAUGUGUCCUGUGUUGGACCCUAAGGAUAUUUAGGCGGCCGCGAGCCCCAGACAGCACGAAGCUUAAGGCGGCCUCCUAAUCACCUAAUUAGAGAGCCACCUCUGACAACUUUAAAUAAUUUGCUGCUAAUAUCGUGAUGCCAGAUACCACAGGAAAUGUUCAGAGGUCUUCUGGAAUCCAUGCCUUGACACAUCAGAGCUGUUCUGUAAGCACAAGAGGGACCUUCACUAUAUUAAGAAGGUGGUUUUAAUGUUGAGGCUAAUAAAUGUAAAUACAGAUUUGUUUUCCUACUACUACUUGUUUGAAACCAAAUGAAAAACUCUAGCAGUUACUAAUAUUCUUGGAAUGGAAGCAGGAUUAUCACUAUUUUUGUAGUUUAGAGGCUCAUUUUAAACUGAUGGGAACAAAAAAGGCAGAAAAUAUAAGACUAAUAAGGCUCCCUACAUUUAAGAUUUUAUUACAUGAUUAAUAUAUGUAGUUUUAUUAAAUAAAUUUAAAAAUUAAAACAUAGUUUAAAUUUGCAUCUUAACCCUUUAAGGGCGGAGACAAUUGUAUGGGUUCUGAGAAAAACAAAACAAAUUUGAGCUACGGUAUAUGUCUGCUCAACUAUAAUUUAUCUUUUUAAUAUUAAGUGCACCCACACUUAUCAUAUAUCAUUUUAUUCAGGAGAAAUGGAACCUUAAUUUCACAUCAAACAUUUAUAAAUGGGCCAUAAUUUAAUAUGAGUAAAAUCUAAAAAAAUUUGAGAAAUUACAAAAUUGUGUUAUUUUCCAAGUUCUGCAUGGUAUUUUAACUGUGAUUGUCAUAAUACUAUUAGCUUUUACUGCAAUAAAAUACACAUAAUUGUGUUCAGCGACAUCUCGCGAGUGUAACAGUAGCCCCCUAUGUACAGGUUUUAUGGGGUUUUGGAAAGUUACAGGGUCAAAUAUAGGGCUUUCCCCUUUUUUAGUUUUUACACAUAAAAAUUUACCAGAUUGGUUUGCUUGGCCCAUGUUGCCUUUAAUCAUGGCAAACCUUGGGUAUUUCGUGGUUGCCAUUUUGUCACAAACCCUGGCCAAAGUUAAUGUUUAUUUUUUUGUUAUUGCAUUUUUUUUUACUGAUGAUAUCAUCGUUAUUAUAUGUUUUACUGCUCUAAAACACUCAUAUGUGUGUUCAGCGAUGUCUCAUAAGUACAGUGAUGCUCAAGUAUGGAGUUUUGGAAAGUUACAGGGUCAAAUAUAGGACUUGCAAAUUAAAGUAUCUGGACUUUCUGCCUGAGUUGCCAGGCAGGUCCCUUAAUAUAUAAUAAGUAAAAGCACAAAAUUAUGUAAAAAUAAUACUUAAAUAUACACAUAGAAUUAAAUUAUAUUUUUUUAUUUUCACACAUACAUGAAAAAAAAUAUAUGUUUGCAUUUUCAUUCUAAGUGUAUUUUGUUAUUAACAUAUAUUAUUAUAUAUUAAUAUCGAAUUAACAUAUUUAAUUAUACAUGUAUAUAUUAAUAUCAAAAUACACUAAGAAUAAAAUUAUAUAUAAAAUGGUAUCUAAAAUGUAAUUCUCAAUCUAUUUUUACAUUAACAAGGGUGUAGCAGAUGUCAUUUAUAUUACAUACCAAUAUCAAGUAUCUUCCUUCGGGAUCUUUUUUUUUUUUUUUUAAUUCUUUAUUUUUGCUUGUGUAUGAGAAAAGAACAUUUUGGUCUACUACGCCACAAUAGCUGCAGAAGACCAUUCAACAACAAGUAGUAACAUGGCAUACAGAUUACAGUACACAAUUUUUAAGUAUAAUACAGGUUAAGACCAAGCUUGUCCUAGGAGGAGAACACAUAAGGAGUGCUGAUAGCUUGCUCGAGCUCAAAAUCGGUCUAUUGUAUUGUGGUAGGUUACAUGCAGUGAGUAUGCGAGUAGCGAUCUGUUUAAGAGAAAAAAAAAAUGUACAUAAGAUAUAAAAUUUAGAUACUAUGCCUAUUAAGUUAUGUAGACUGCUUGGCUCUAGAGGUUAAGGUAUAAGCACUGUGUAUGUUGAAGAACCAAUGUAGUAUGCAUGGGUUUGAACUAGGCUAUACAUGGGUAUGUUUAGCUAGUGGUUGCUUGAUCUCAAGUGACGCCACAGAGGGGCUGUGAUCUCCUGUUGGAGCAAUCAGAAGGGGCUUGCAAGGUCAAUUGUAUGCAUACAGUCGGAGUUCAUCCGAGUUAUGUGAAAAGAAAACGAAUUAAGGGAAAGAACAAAAAUACAAUUAACACAAAAAGCAAUGUGGUACCACUAGAGGGACAGAGAUUACUUUGUGUCUUAAUGUCAGGCAGGGUGGUGUCGGGACGAGGGUGGUAUGGUCCGAUAGUCCAGCAUCAGGAUGCCUGUCAGUAGGGUCUACAUUGCACACAUCAUUAUAUCCCAACAUUUAAAGAGUUUAGUUUAUCAAAAUAAAAUAAAAUAUAACCAUAACAUAGGGUAUGUAGUGUCCAUGGCAAUUGGCAAUAGGAGCGGUGAGGUUUAGGCAUAUCGCCCCAACUUUGAGGGUAUUAUUUGGUAGGCAUAGUUCAGUUAUUACUUCUUAGGUUUUGCAGUAACUGUCCUGAGCGUGUCUUUAUGAAAAAUGGGGUGCGUUCUGCUUUGAGCAGCUGGUAACUGUCGUCUCUCCGUCCUGUUGUAUCCUCAUGUUGUGACCGUGGCAUAGGUGGUCUGCUGGGUUCUCCAGGGUACGAAGGCUGUGACAUUCACUGGGUCCCAGUUGUGCUGUGUGUUUGUCGUUUGGUGCAUGGCUUUGAGGAUUGAGUCGGGUGGGAGGCCCAGGUUCCCUAGGAUUGCAGCCGCGUCCUCCAGUUUAUGAACCGGGUAGGAGUUCCCCUCGUGGGUGAUCAUCAGGGUUUGGGCUGCCCGCCACCGGUAGGUGAUGGUGCGUGAGCGAAGCAGCGUUGUAAGAGGCUGCAUGGAUCUUCGCCACUUUAGCGUUUCCCCGGAUAAGUCCGCAUAAAAAGUGAGGGAAGAGGUUUCAAAUAUAUAAUGUGAGUGUCCUCGUAAGGCAGUCAUUACCGCCGCUUUGUCCUGUUUGGUCUGGAAGCAGACUAUCAGAUCCCUGGGAGCUUCGUAAAUAAGCAGAGGCCUACCCUGUUACAGGUAAGAUUCAUCUGUAGGAAAAGGUUACUGAUUGCACAAGGUUUGAAUUCCUGUUGGUAAUUAUAAGGCAUUUGAUUUGAUUAAGCUAGUUACUUGCUGUUGAUUGCUGAUUAAUUAGAUAUUGUUUGCAAAUAAGCAGAGGCCUACCCAGGUGUUAAACAUUCCUAGUGGGUGGUAAUUUUAGGAGUUAUAUAAGGCUUGUUGCCAUUAGCUUGGCUGCUACUUCUAAGUGCUGUUUCUAAGUGUGUAGUUGGAGAUAUUCUGGAGAUAACCUGGAGGUAAUCUGAGGUAUUCAGGAGGAUAAAGAAAAAGUUAAGAUUUGUUAGAUUUAAAUUAUUCUCAUAAUUGGAAUGGCAGGCUUAGUUCAGUGUAACAAUUGCUAUGCAUUUGUUUCACGUUCCACUUUUUGGAGGUUUGGUUGUUGUCUAAUCUGUAGACAGUUCUCUAUCUUGCGGCAGGAGAUUGUAUUUUUGAAGUCUGAAAUUUGUAAAUUAUCUGGUGAAGACACUCAGACUGGAACUGCUGCAAAGCCACUGCCGCAGAGACAUGCUAGGAAAGGCAGAUGGAUUACUGGAGGAUCUGGUAGACUUAGAGUUGUGGAUAAAAGGCAUUUUGCACAGUCUGUUGCUCUUCAUAAUUCAUUUUCUGCAUUUUCAGAGUGUAAUGGUGUUGUGGAGAGAGGCACUGAGGCUAGUGGUGUUGUGGAGAGAGGCACUGAGGCUAGUGGUGUUGUGGAGAGAGACACUGAGGCUAGUGGUGUUGUGGAGAGAGGCACUAAAACUAGUGGUGUUGUAGAGAGAGGCACUGAGGCUAGUGGUGUUGUGGAGAGAGGCACUGAGGCUAGUGGUGUUGUGGAGAGAGGCACUGAGGCUAGUGGUGUUGUGGAGAGAGGCACUGAGACUAGUGGUGUUGUGGAGACCGGCUUGGAGACUAUGGUGAGGCCUAAUAGAAAGCAGUUGUUGUUGGGUGAUUCCAUUAUAAGAGGUGUGGAGAUGGACAAUGGUGGUCUUGUGAGGUGUCUUCCCAGAGCUACUGCUCACAGAGACAGGAGACGUAUCUGUAAUAUUAUUAAGCAAGCAAAGCAGGAAGGGGAAUUGGAUGUACUUGUCCAUCUAGGGACAAACGACUUGUCUUGCAAUGAGGUUUCAGAGGUUAAGGAAGUUUUUAGUGUUUUUGCCAAUGAUAUACGGCAGGUUGCUUCCACACUGUCAUUCUUUAAAGUUCUGCCUCUGCAUAACACUCAGAAGGACAGGCGGAUGCGUAUUAGGGACUUUAAUUUGUGGCUUGGUGAAUGGUGUCGGGACCAGGCAUUUGGCUUUAUUUCUCAUGGUAGCUCUGUCUGGAAUAGAAAUAAAAUGUAUAAAAAAGAUGGUUUGCAUCUUUCUCAAAAGGGAACAAAUGUUCUCAGUGAGCAGUUCAGAGGUUUUGCUAGGAUGUAUUUAAACUAGGAGGGGGGUGGGGGUGCAAAACAUCAAUCCAAUUUCCCCCCAAAACAAGGACAGAAGGUGCCUGUCAAGUGUGUUAAAAAAUUAUAAGCUUAGAGUCAUGCUUGCACUUUAGGGAAUAAGAUCCAUGAACUUGUGGCAAUAAUGACAACUGAUAAUGUAGAUUUAGUCGCUGUUACCGAGACACGGUACAAUGAGAAAAAUGACUGGGACAUAGCAAUACCAGGGUACUCUUUAUAUUGAAAAGACAGGGAAGGCAAGAAAGGGGGAGGGGUGUCCCUUUAUGUGAAGGAUAGCAUAAAAUCUAGCCUAAUAAAAGUAAGUGAGGCGAACAUAGAGUCCGUUUGGAAAACAUUGCUUUUAGUGGUUUAAGCGAUACAUCACCUCUAUUGCUCUACAGCAACCAGUUCCAUAUACUGGUCUGCUUCAUAUUAAGUGAUUUUUUUCAUAUAUCUUUAUUCAUACAAAAGUAUAUUAUUUGGUAACAGUAUCAUCUACCCUGUAUCAAAUCAGGGAUAACGAUAUUAGCACUGCACAUAUAUUUGCUGCACAUUUACCUCAUUGUUCUUACAUCUUAAAGUCACAGUAUUUAUUUUCAUCCACUCUUUUAUUUAUUCAUUAAUUUAUUUAUUUAUUUUAUCUAUUUGAGCCGUUAUCACUAGCCAGCUCCUGGAUUUUAGGCACCAUAUUCUAGGGUGCCAUCUUUGCUAUUUCUUGUAUAGGUUUUGAUGAAUCUCUAUUAUUUCCAGUGUGAGCAGCUCUGUGUUAGUCAGACUCCUUCUCUUCUGUAUAUUCCAUCUAGGAAUACCAGUACUCCUAUCUCUUGUAGAGUCCGUUUGGCUUACGUUAGAAUUUGGUAAUCACACAGUAACUUGUGUAGGUGUGAUUUAAAGGCCCCCAGACAAAUAAAAGAGAUAAUCUACUAGUUGAGGAAAUAGCUAAAAUGACAAUGAAGUUAUCAUCAUGGGUGACUAUAGUCUUCCAGAUGUGAACUGGAAAACCAAAAUAGCUGCUAGUGCCAGGAGCACACAUAUUCUAAACUCCCUACUGGGAUUGUCUCUAAAACAAGUCGUUGAGGAGCCAACUCGUAAAGAGGCCAUACUAGAUUUAGUGUUAACAAAUUGAGAUUUGGUAUCAGAUAUUACGGCAGGUGAAAUUUUAGGAUCCAGUGAUCAUCAGUCAGUGUGGAUUAAUAUAAGAACAGUGACUGAGUCACACCACACAAAAACUAAAGUUUUGGACUUUAGAAAAACAGACCUUUCUAAAAUGUGUAAAGGAGUCAUGAUCAGAUUGGAGCAAUUUAAAUAAAGUCCAAGAAAAAUGGGAUUAUUUUAAAGUUGCACUGCUGAAGGCAACAGAAAAUUGCAUUAGGCUUGUCAGUAAAAGCAAAAAAAUUAAGAAACCACUGUGGUACUCUAAAACUAAAAGUUAGCAUUUAGUAAUUAUAAAAAAAAACAGAGUGAAGAAAAUAGAAAGAUCUAUAAGGUUAGGCAGAAAGAUGCUACGCAAAUUAUAAGAGCUUCCAAAUAACACACAGAAGAGAAAAUAGCACAGUCAGUAAAAAAAAAAAAAGGGGGACAAAACAUUUUUAGAUACAUCCACGAGAAAAGGAAAGUAAAACAAGGAUUAGUUAGAUUAAAAACAAAAGAAGGAAGGUAUGUAGAAGAGGAUAAAUGUCUAGCUGACUGCCUCAAUUAAUAUUUUUGUUUCGUAUUUACAGAUGAAAAUGAAGGAAAGGGGCCUCAGUUAUGAAAAAGGACAUAAGAGUCAUUUGUUACAUGUGUGUUUACAGAGGAAGAGGUUAUAUUUCUACUGUCAAAAGUAAAGACAAAUAAGUCAAUGGGACUGAUGGAAUACACGCAAAGUUAUAAAAGAGCUUAGUGGUGUACUAGCAAAACCAUUAAUAGAUUUAUUUAACCAAUCAUUGUUAACAGGAGUAGUCCCAGAAGAUUGGAAGUUAGCGAAUGUUGUGCCCAUUAACAAGAAAGGUGGUAGGGAGGAGUCGGCAACUCUGGGCCAGUAAGCCUUACUUCAGUAAUGGGGAAAGUAAUGGAAACCAUGUUAAAAGAUAGGAUUGUUAAACAUCUAAAAUCACAUGGAUUUCAAGAUCAGAGACAACAUAAUAAUAGAGCAGGGUGGUGCAGUAGAUAUUGCUUACCUAGAUUUCAGUAAGGCUUUUGACACUGUUGCACAUAGAAGGUUUUUUUUAAUAAACUGCAAGUUUGGAUUCCAAUAUUGUUGAAUAUUGUUGAAUGGGUAAGGCAGUGGCUGAGUGACAGGCAACAGAGGGUUGAAGUCAAUGGAGUAUCUUCUAAGAAUGGUCUUGUCACCAGUGGGGUACCUCAGGGAUCUGCACUUGGACCCAUGCUCUUUAAUAUUUUUAUGAGUGAUAUUGCAGAAGGUCUUGAUGGUAAGGUAUGUCUUUUUGCUGAUGAUACUAAGAAAUAUAACAGGGUUGAUGUUCAACAUAAUGCAUCUUGGACAUGAAAACCCAAGGGCAGAGUACAGAAUAUUUGAUAGAGUCCUAUCCUCAACAUCUGAGGAAAGGAAUUUAGAGGUAAUUAUUUCAGAUUACUUAAAUGUAAGCAGACAAUAUAAAAGAGCAGCAGGAAAUGCUUGCAGCAGAAUGCUUAGUUGUAUAGGGAGAGGUAUUAUCAGCAGAAAGAGGGAAGUGCUCAUGCCAUUGUACAGAACACUGGUGAGACCUCACUUGGAGUAUUGUACGCAGUACUGGAGACCGUAUCUUCAGAAGGAUAUUGAUACUUUAGAGAGAGUUCAGAGAAGAGCUUCUAAACUGGUUAAUGGACUGCAGGAUAAAACUUACAAGGAAAGGUUAAAGGAUCUUAACAUGUAUAGCUUGGAGGAAAGACGAGACAGGGGGGAUAUGAUAGAAACAUUUAAAUACAUAAAGGGAAUCAACACAGUAAAGGAGGAGACCAAAACCAAGCUCCUGCACAAACUACCUGUUUUUGGGGGUAAACACCCCAAUAAUUGGCACUGAUCCACUCUGAAGGGUUAGAGCCGCACUGGGGACACCCGGACACAGCUUUGGACACCAGAGUCACUAUUUUGACCACCCGGGGACCCAAGCCGCGGCAACAGAGGCCUGAAGGAUGGUGCGCAGGGGAGCGACGGCCGCUCUCCUCUCUCCCUACCUGCUACAGGACUUCCUCGACCCUCAAGCCUUCAACCCCCCCACCUUGGAACCGGUGGGGGAUAUCCCGGUCCUCGCUGUGAGCCCAGAGCGACCCAUUUAAAGUGAAAAUUCACCUGCAUACAAGCUCCAGGGACGGCAACACACGACGCACAGACAAAAUGGCGGUGGAGUGCCAAACAUGGCAGCGGAGUCAACCCGCAACCCCAAAGCAAUACACAGCCAACAGCACUGACCUCAAGAAGCGCCUCAAUGACAUAUUCCAGAAAUUUUGGGAGAAACUGCAGAGUGCUCAGAGUGCUACGACAAGGCGGCACAGCCAUGUAGGAGUGGGUGAGAGGGGCUACAGACAGCCGCAUGAGAGGGAGGCACCCUCGAACGCAGCACCACACCACCCGCUGACACUCAUACACCCUGGCCCACCACAACCGCCCGGCACUCACCCCUGCAACCCUGCCAGGAACCAGCACGCAGCAAGAAGGCAAGCCCCCCGGGGAAACAGGGCCUGUUAUCGAGCCGCAACUGCCCACAGCAGGCUGCUGCAGCAACUCUCACCCAACGCCAUAACGAGCAAAGUAAGCAAAAAUGCUACUCACCUGCGUGGAUUUCUCGUCAUCUACAGGCUCGACCGGUGGGGACAACUCCUGCGGCGCAGACCGCAAAGACGCAACCCUGGUCCGGCUGCCAAGAGAACCGCACCGACACAACCUGGAAUGGGGACAGAGUGUCCAGACCGGGAGGCCAAGGGACUAAGCACUCAAGAGCACACUCUAAAACGUUUGCAGCACCCUAACUACCUCCUGCACUGGAAAGCUGCCAUGGUGGACAAUCACAUACCGGCCGCUAGCGUGGGCUAAGUAACUUUACAGGACUCAAUGUGUACCCGACCAGCUUCGGCCGUUAGAUGACUAACUCUUAACGCACAUCCACUCAUGCCUUAGCGACCUCCACACAACUACACAGGUAAACAUGACUUGCCUCCAGAUACUCCAUCACCCACUUACACCAAUCCACAUUGCCGGCUUGCCUAGCAAACACUGUGCCUAUGUGUAUAGAUGACUGUUUACUUGUGACUUCUCACGUGUAAUCCUACCCUUUUAAUCUCGCAAUUAAAAUGCCUGUGUGCAACAGUAUUCUCAUAGAGCUACUCACAUAACCAACCGACCCACUUAGAAAACAUGACCUAUCUUACGUUUUGCUACAUUAGGACAUGGACGACCAGUUUGUUACUCAGUUAAUUUAAAAAAAAAAGUGCAAGACAAUCGUAUGCCCUACAAUCAGCAUCGCUUCUGUUUCAAAUUCUUGUUACACUGUUGGGGCAUAGCAAGAGCAUAUGUAUGAUCAAUGCAUAACAAAAAAAAAUAAAAAUAAAGAAUUAUAAAAAAAAAUAUAUAUCUUUUGACCCAUAUAUUUUUUGCCAUUAAAAUAUGUAUAGCUAGGGCUUGGAAAUCUUCUAUCCCAUUUAUAUUGCACAAUAUUAUGGAGCAAAUAGAUUAUCAGUACAGGAUGGAAUCAAACCCCUUUUUUGGCAUUAGAGAUGUGGCCAAACUAUGGUUACCCUAGACAAAUAGACAGAAUUCAUGAUACCAGAUUGUGGUUCCCCCCAUAUCGAGUCUCAGAGAAUGUAAUUUAUUUGCAUUAUAAUUUUUUUAUUAUUUUUUUUUUUUCAUUAUUAUUUUAUUUACUUAUUUAUUUGUAUGUUUAUCAAUGUGACAACUAUACCAUGGAAAUUUUGGGUGUUAAUUCCUUUUGAUAGUGAUUGGCAGUGGACAAAUGUAGCGUGAUUGAAAUAUACAUCGUGUGUACGAUGGUUUUCAAUGGAAACACUGUACUUUAUGUGGAAUCAUUUGGUGUUUAAUUUUACACAGUGCCUUUAUUAUAAUAUAUUGCCAGCCUAUCUAUGCUUUUAGCAGUUAUAUUGAUGGGGUUUUUUUUUUUUUUUUUUGGUUGUGUUUUUUUAACAUUUAUCUCUGUAUCUGGUUGUCUUAAUGUGCUGGAGGAUUGCCUUUGGGGUACCUCACAUGCAAAUGUUAAAAAUUUCAUAUAACAAAAAUAAAGAAAUAUAAAAAAUUAUAUAUAUAUAUAUAUAUGUAUAUAUAUAUAUAUAUAUAUAUCAGGAAGUAUUACUUUACGGAGAGGGUAGUGGAUGCAUCGAAUAGCCUUCCACCUGAAGUGGUAGAGGUUAACACAGUAAAGGAGUUUAAGCAUGCAGCAUAAGGCUAUCCUAGCUAUAAGAUAAGGCCAGGGACUAAUAUAAGUAUUCGAAAAUUGGGCAGACUAGAUGGGUGAAAUGGUUCUAUGUUUCUAUGUUUCUAUUAGGCAAAAUUCCCCAAAACCUUGGCUAGGGCCAACAGUACAGCUGACUGGGUAGCUCCAAGAUGAGUGAUGUAUUAAAUGGCCGAUACAUUGACCAUACGUAGCCUGAUGCAAGUAUGAGUUGAAGGGGACUCAGACAUGUCCCAAGAAUGGGAAAGAGGUUCUCUAGUCUCCCUGGUGCCAGGCAGGUUGUCUGCAGGAGCAGGUUUAUGCAUAUAGGCAAAUAUACAAUUUGUAUCAGUUGAAAAAACAAUAAACAAUAUUAGUAUAACACUAAAAAAAACACUAAGACAGGCAAAAGAGAGAGGGCAAUGACUGAGACCCAAUGACAAUGAAGGGUAUUAAGCUAGUAGAGUGGGCAGGCACAGUAACCUACACAGGACAGAGGAGCAUAAAGAGUAUAAUUAGCAAGCCAACCUGAUUGCAGUAAAAACUAGCAAGCAAUUUAACCAUCAGGGCUGGGGAAAAAACACAUCAACAGCAAUAAAAUGAUGCUGGAGUAAGAAAGAGGCAUAAGGGACUGCAAGCCUCCUAAAAUUGCGGCCUACAAUAUAAAUCAAAUGGGGUCUGUGCUGGGUAAUUGAAUCAUGGUGUUACACUGUGAAUGCUGAGGAGAACAACUGAGGUAUAAGUGGAAAGGGGACGCAAAGGUAGAAAAUCCUUGGGGAGAGCAAACAGGGGAAGGAAGCCUUAAAGGGGGUUAAAAUGACAGAGAAACAAAAAAAAAAAUACAGAGAGCAACAGAACAACCAGGAAAUAACCUACAAAUAAAAGAUAAGGCAAAAUUGUGUAAAUAUGAAUUCAACAUUUAAUGUAAUACAGUAAGAGACAAAAGAUCAGGGAAUGUGGAAAAUACUUAGCUGAACUCCACAGGAGCAGCAAGGAAAGAUGACGUGUAUGGACAUGUUUAAGGGUGAUGUCAUGGUGGUAUGGGUAUAUGGACCAUUGUAUUAAUUUAUAUUUUUUUUAUAUUGAUUUCUUUGCUGCUAUGAGGGUAAAGAAAGAGUUUAAUGAACAACACUCACCUCCGUGUCUUGGAAUUACGUUUAGAACAAGAACAAUGGAUCUUAUUUUCACAGACUGAUUUCUAAAUACAUUUACUGUUUAAAGACACAUUAGUGAAAGUAUUAUUGCUGUUGCGAUCUUGUAUAAACUCAGACACACAACGAUUACUGAGCUCCUACAAAAGAGGGAAAUUAGAAAAGAAAAAGGGACAAAGGGAUUUGUGUCCAAAUCAAGACUGCCUCUCCUAAAAAGGGACACUCCCUUACACCCAUUUCAGUCUCAUCCACAAAAUGUUUCUGCUUCCCUGCUUUAUUAUAGUGGUAGCAUUGCAUUGCAACAAAAGCAAUGUGAGAAAUACACAACGUACAUUAUAGGAUAGAAUAAUUUUUGAUAGGGAUUCAGUCAUCUGCGAGCAAGCCGUAGGGAACUUGUACAUCAUGCAGUACAGCAAAUUUAAGAAGCUUGAUUUAUAACGUGAAGUUAUACCACUACAAUCUCUGAUAGGAGAUAUGUAGAGGGACAUGUGGAUUGUAAACGGACCUAUGUGCAAACAAACAAGUUACGCACCUUAACCUUAUAGCUAAAACGACUAGCAGCUCCAUCGAACACAUCUAAUUCCUUGUCUGCCAGGCUGAUGACCUUAGAUUUAUAAAUUCCCUUCGCUUAACAUUGAACUUGGCUGGAUGGGUCCAGCAAAAGUGACAAGUUGGUCACUUUCUACAUGCACUUGCUAUGGUAAUUAACCUGUUUCAUGUGAGAAUACCUAAGCUGGCAUGUCAGGUUGGAUGGAAACUUGAGAAUACUUCAGGCGUAGCACAUUUUUUAGGAUCUUUGCAAUUAGCACAAAAAAUUAAAAAAAAAAAAUUUAAAUCAAAGAAACAAUCUAUUAUUAUAGAAACAGAAUAUUAUUAAUAUGUCAUCCAACGUUAGGAUUUUCUCCUGGGUAAACUGUGACUACAAAUGAAUGUAGAAGUUAUGUAAAACUUUUAUUGUCCUAAUGGGUGGGGGAAGCAUGUAAAGCUUGGCAGGUAUAUGUUGGCAUCAGUUUAAUAGUUCAUGUUGCAAUCUUUAACAUUUUAUUGUUCAGGAAAACUCUGUGGACUGUAACUACCUAAACUUUACUAAAACAAUUUUUAUAAGUAUUUUUUUUCAUACAUUUCAUGUUGAGGAGAGAGUUCUUGGCUCCCACCCAUACCACUCACCCAUCCAAUGUUAGAUAAGGAGAUAAUAAUCCACGCAGGCUGGCAGCUGUGCCCACGUAAUAUCUCCAGGGCAAAUAUCUAAAUUAUGAGGGCCAACCAACCUUGCUAUAUACCCUAGGUUGUGAGAUGGAGGAUAAACUGUUUCAUAUAUGGGGUCCUACAAAAUGGUCUCCUAUGCCCUUUGUUAUAUUAAUAAUUUUAAUAAAAGGAAUUUUUCAUAAAAUAUUUUUUAUAUUUUGCCCCAAAAUUAUCGCUACAGGAUGAGGGUUUGAAAGCUUCAUCAUGUGUUCAUCAACUAUAUUUUUUUCUCAUCAGGUUGAAAAAUCUGGAUACUGCUUCACUUCAGCUUCUAGUUCCCCUACAUGGGGUUCUUAUGGGUAAAGAAAUUGUUGAUAACUGGGAACGAGUGGAACAAUUUCAGGCAAGACCAGAUGAUGUCCUCAUUUCUACAUACCCGAAAGCAGGUAACAUGAAACAACAUAUUACUUUUCAUGUCAUGAUGUAAGCAAGGUCAAUUAAAGAUCUUUUGAGGCCUCUGUCUCUUUGCAAAAAGAGAACUAUUACAUCUUGCAAACUCAAAGUGUCAACUGAAGUGAAAACAUCUUAAUUCAAAGUGGUGUGCUACAUGAUAACAUGUAAAAACAUUCACCUUUUAGCACGGGAGGUGUAUAAAACAUUAUAUAAAUAUACCCCCGUGAUGAAGUUCCUCUACUCUGACCGAGUACCUCAGCCGAAUCCACUUCCUAGCCGUUGGGAAGGGGGAGCCUGGAGCGCUUCAACCUCAGUCGACGUGGCUUGACUGUGGUCUUUCUUGAGCUUUUCUACCCAACCAGGUUGCAGCUGUCAGGAUAUAGCGGAACCUGAACACACAGACAGAAUCACUCACAGAAAUAUUCAUAAUACCGGUCCUUAGAAUGGCCGGGUUAUACGAAUUAACAGAGUCAGUGUAUCAAGCCGAGGUCAAAAGCUUACAGAGGUGCAGAAUAACGAGGAAACAAGCCAAGGUCAAAGGAUUACAGAGGUGCGGAAUAACGAGGAAACAAGCCAAGGUCAAAGGAGUACAGAGGACAGGAUAAACGAAAUACAAGAGCCAGUCAACGUACCAAGAAACCACAAUAGGGCAACAAGGAAUAGGAGAGGUAAGUAUAUAUAAGCAUAAGUUACCAGUGAUUAGAUGAAUACCGUUUGGAAUUAACCACUAUUCGUGGGGGUACAUGACCCUCCUAAACUGAGCCCUGACGUCAUUGGUCUGCACUGAAUCCCGUGGGUAUUUUGGCUGCAUAUAUAAACAUGCUGCACACAAGCAUGCAGUGUUCGUCGGAAUGCCGCAGGGGAUUGUGGCACUCAGAGUCGAGCUGUUGGGUAAGCAGGCGGAAAAUCUCACAGCAGCUCUCUAUCCAGGCAGGUAUCCACCUCUGCCUGUAAUGUGAUUGCUAUCGACUUUACUAAGGCACUUGCGGCUCUCAGGCCUAGCUCUCUUGAUCUAUCUAGGGGUAGAGGGAUCAUGCAGCCUUCCAACAGGUCGGAAGACUCUGUUACUGGGAUCCCUAAAAAUCCACAGAGAACACACAGUUCUAAAAAAGAACUAACAUACACAGCUUUAUUUUACUUGGGACUAUGCUCAUUACACUUAGAUUGCUGUGACAACUUCAAUAAAAUACAAAUAACCAAAUCAUAGCAGACAACAUAUAUCUAAUAACACAAUGACAUAUUCAUAAAGGGGAAGACAAUAAUUAACACAAAAUAUCUCUCCUGCCUACAGAAUUAGCAAUAUGCAAAUAUACCUGAAUAUGCAAAUUACCAAACCUUGCUAGUCAGGUAGUGCAUAAAGCUGUUGCUACAAACAGAGGGCGCUAUACAGGCUCCAUAGCCAAAUUCACUUAGUUGGUAACAAGCAUCAUCAGGACAGGAGACCAUACAAAACAAUUAACAAUAUACACACACACAUUAUAAAAACCCUGCACCUAUAAUGCGCACAGGGUGACUUAGACAUAGGAGCGAUUUAUGAACCUUUGCAAAGUGUCCUUCUGCUCCCAGUGAUGGUGACUACAGUCAACCCCCCAGAUCAUUCGUCCAAACUUCAACCACCCCCAGACCGCACCAAAUAACUAAAGAUACUUCCAGGUCAUGUGUCAGUAAUGGAGCAGUUGCCUCCACAAGGUGAAGUCAAAGACACUGAGGACACUAAGGAAGAUGUAGGCUGCGUGUAGGCCCGGCGGUCAUGAAACUGGUUUAACUAAAACUCAAAUAUAAAUAACUCAUUUAUAAAAUUAGCUACCUUCUGAAAAGCAUAAUGAAGAAAAAAAAACAGAAAGCUGGUUCAAAGGCUACACUAUUAGGAUUAUUCAGGGGACAGAAAAACUACAAAUUCUCAGACAAAAUAGCUAAAUUGGACAAUAAUCUGAGCUAAGAAUUUUUCAAGUUGCACUGCUUUGGCUUGAAAUGUAUAAAUCCAGUUUUAGUUCAGAAUAACAUGUGGAAUUUUAUUCACCAAAUUCCAAAUUAUAGCGAAUUUAAAUCUGAAAGGGAAAAUUUAGGCAAAAGUAGUUAAUCUGGAAAAAAAAACCUCCAACUUGGCUUUAGUCACAGAAAGGUUAAUUAGGCCUAAAUUUAGAUUUCAUUUGGAUUUGGGUUUGAAUUCAAAGUAUAAUUUAUAAGCCCCUUUCUAAUUUACAUAUGGAAAUCUCAUUGAUCAUCUUAGUAUGGGGAAUUAGCCACUUCUUUAAAAAAUUGAUUAGACAACCCGAUUAUAGCAUGACUGUCCUUGCAUGUCAUCUGUCCUGAAGAGUUUAAAUCAAAGCAGGAUGUUUGGCUUUCACUGAUGCACAAACUCCCUGUAGAAAAACUUACAUACCUUUGUCCCUGAUUUAAAUUUUUUUGUAGGAACUACAUGGAUGAGCGAGAUUGUGGACAUGAUUUUUUGUGAUGGAGACCCAGAAAAAUGUCGCAGAGAAACAAUUUAUAAUCGUGUACCAUAUCUUGAGUUCCGAAUUCCUGGAGAACCUUCAGGUAAUACAUCAGAUCAAUAAUGAACAGCAUAUCAACCAAACUCUACAGGCUGGAUAGGCAAAUAUCUGUUGUGUUUUUUUCUGUUACUUGUCUGGAUAACAGAACCGUCCAGGGCUCUACGUCUAUUUGUCUUUGCAUCACCGCUGUAAGGAGGUCUCUGACUAGAACCCAGAAGUUUCUCUGGUGCUGUGUACCACCUCAUGAGCAUUUUGUACGGUUGCUCCUGGAGCGUGACACAUAUUGAGCUUCUUUUGGCUGCUUCCCAGAUAUCCACCCAGUCUUCCCCUUCUAGUGGUUGUGACAAGUCCGCCUCCCAUUGGUCGAUGUAUCGAAGCUACCCUGCAUCUUUUUCUGGGGCGCUGUGUUGUGUAUAAACUGUGGUUAUCAGGCCCUUUUGUGUGGCUUCUGUUAUAUAUACCUGCUUGUCUUCAUAUUGCCUCUUUUGUGGAGAAAAAAUGCCAGCGUAGGAUGACAUCUCUGGGUGAGCCGUUUGGAAGGGCCUUAGCCCGCAGGGCCCUAUGGACCCUGUCAAUGAGCCAUAGCUGGUCUGGUAUGUCUGGCAGGCGUUCCCUGAAACAGGUGAGCAGAGUGUGUUCCAGGUCAGCGCCCCUUAUGCUCUCUGGCAGGCCCUUUACCCUCAUGUUAUUUCUUCUGGACCUGUUGAAAGUGUCCUCCAUUUUCAGCUCAAGCUUUGUGAUUCUGUCUAGAAACAUGUUGGUCAGUGUGGCUUCUCCAUUGUGCGCCAGGCAUCUGUUCGGGCUCCCACAGUCUGUAUUUCUGCUUUCUACAUACAAAAACAAGAUGGAGCUUUUUAAAAUGGCAAUGAAACAGAUAUUCUGGAAAAUAAAAUAUAAACAAUAGCGCAAUACAGUAGUGCAAAGGAAAUUGGAAAUGUAUAUACAGUAGAUUUUUCACUCACAAGCCUGGAGUCAUAAUCUCAUAUGACUCGGAUGGUGUAUGCCUUUGGACCAUUUCAGGAUGCCCAAAUCCUUCUUUCAAGCAGGAUUCCGUUUAUCUUCCCCUUUAACCAACUCACAGACAAAAGUGCCAGGUCAGUGGUAAAUUUCCAAAAGGGUGAUGCUUUAUUCAAAAUAAAAACUUAUAAUAAAAAAUGUUAAAAUAAAUUCAAAUAUAACAAUUUGUGGUUUAAAUAGGGCUAUAUAGUCCUUAAAAAUCGCCAAAACGCGUUUCGCCUGGUAAAACAGGCUUCCUCAGUCGGCUUUUUUUCACUGUUCAGUCUUUUUCCAAUUUUUAAAAGUCCGUUUGUUUUUACUUCCGGGUUCCGGUUUCUGUCCAUUUGGAACGCAAUUAUGCGUUCCAACGAUGUCAUUUCCUGUUGUGUCACUUCCAGAUUUCUGUUUCAGUUCGCUGGAACGCAUCGUGCGUUCCAGCGAUGUCACUUCCUAUUACGUCACUUCCGGAUCUCGAUCGGCUGGAACGCACAAUGCGUUCCAGUGGCAUUGUACUUCGGCAUCUCUGCCAUUUCAAUUAGUCCACAUAAUAUCCAGUUAUGGAGGUCUGUUUUACCUAUAUAUGCACAUAUAUUAAUAAACUCUACAUGUGUAUUAGCAAUAUUAAACCAUGGAAGUCUGUUUUUACACAUUUAUAUAUAUGUAUCAAUAAACUUCACAUAUAUAAUAAGAGUUCUUUGCCUAUCUAAUAUAUCAAACUUCUUCAACAUGAGCAUGAUAUAAACAUUUUAAAAUGCUUCUGCAAUAUAGAAAUGAUAAUAAUAUGGACAUUUCUCCUUAUAAUAUCUUCUCAAUAUAAAGAUAGUGUAGAUAUCCCAAAGGUGAUCUGGCAAUAUAAAUAUUUUUCCUUAAAGUGCUCUUGUGUAUUUUCAUUAAAGUGCUCUUAUAUAUUUUCCUUUAAAGUGCUCUUGUAGUGCUUCCAGAGUCUCCAUAAUCAUAUUCAAAAAUAUAUCAUUUCAAAAACUCAGAAAAAAAACUAAUUGUUUUAAAAGGUAUCCAUAUUAAAAAUAUCCAUAAAAUUUAAAAAAUAUUUACUAAAAAAUAUAUUUCCAUAAUAAAUAGUAGGGGAGUUCAGUUCAUGAAAUGACAUAGUUCGAAAUCUUGGUUUAAACCAUGAGGUGCCAUAGUGUUAAAACGGAAAAUAAAUCUCAUUUCUUCUAUUCCUAUUUUUCUAGUGUAAUCUCCUCCUCUCCAAUCUUUCUUAACCAAUUUUAUUGCACAAAAAAAACAUUCCUUCGGGGUCUUGAUUAUGGAAUGUCUUAAAAUGGUUGGAGACACUGUGUGACUCCAAUCCAUUUUUUAUGUUCCUUGUGUGUUCUGCUAUUCUCGUAUUCAGACAUCUAAUGGUUCUCCCUACAUAUAGGAACAGAAAUCCGGAAGUGACACAACAGGAAAUGACAUCGUUGGAACGCAUAAUUGCGUUCCAAAUGGACAGAAACCGGAACCCGGAAGUAAAAACAAACGGACUUUUAAAAAUUGGAAAAAGACUGAACAGUGAAAAAAAGCCGACUGAGGAAGCCUGUUUUACCAGGCGAAACGCGUUUUGGCGAUUUUUAAGGACUAUAUAGCCCUAUUUAAACCACAAAUUGUUAUAUUUGAAUUUAUUUUAACAUUUUUUAUUAUAAGUUUUUAUUUUGAAUAAAGCAUCACCCUUUUGGAAAUUUACCACUGACCUGGCACUUUUGUCUGUGAGUUGGUUAAAGGGGAGGAUAAAGGAAUCCUGCUUGAAAGAAGGAUUUGGGCAUCCUGAAAUGGUCCAAAGGCAUACACCAUCCGAGUCAUAUGAGAUUAUGACUCCAGGCUUGUGAGUGAAAAAUCUACUGUAUAUACAUUUCCAAUUUCCUUUGCACUACUGUAUUGCGCUAUUGUUUAUAUUUUAUUUUCCAGAAUAUCUGUUUCAUUGCCAUUUUAAGAAGCUCCAUCUUGUUUUUGUAUGUAUACUGUUGAUUUUAAAGUGGUAGAGGGGACACCACUUUGAGGUGUAUAGAGCUUCAGAUUGACUAUUUUCCACAUUGUGCACAUAUUUGUUGUGGUGUCCUCAAUCUCCGCUGCCAGGAAGCUUUUUACCUCAGCUAAGGAGCAGAGUAUGGCCCCUGAUGAGUCUGGGUGUGAGUGGCAAGCUGAGUCUGGUGAGCCCGGGGAGGUCGGGGAGACAGAGUGGGCCGGGCUGGCGACAUCUUGGAAGGUGAGGGGUGAGGGCCUCUGUGUUUUCUGCAUGUCUGCCAUAGGUGCGUUACCCUUAUGUUUUUUGGUUGCUUUGCGGCUGGUCAUGUUCCGGAGCUGUUCUGUCAGCAUUCCCGGCAGGUUGCUGCAGGUGAUGUCGGGGAAGAAGCUUAUUACAGUGCUUUUUAUGCGGCUAUUUCUCUUGGCGAUCAAGCCACCACCCUAAUUCUUUUCUAUAACAAUAAUGAGGUGGUUUCUUGUAUGUCAGUUCAGCUUAUGACAUUUAUUAUGUAAGAUCCAUACUGUUAUGUAGCUGUAUUGACGGAAAAGAAAAAAAAAACGUUUACUUUGUAUUAUUACCUGGGACUGACCUCGCCCUUUGCAACACCAGAACAGUGAGUACUUGAAUGGUACACUUGGUUUGGACAGGACUACUGUGACUAGACCAAUCUUGCCACUGUGCAUUGGAGGAGCCUGGUUGCCUGCCUGCUGCCUUUUGACUAUGGACCGGCAUUUAAAUACUUUAUUUUCCUAUGCAGAAAUCUAUUCCAUGGAGCCUAUUCGUGCAAUAAAAGAGUUUGGCUCCAUGGCAAUUGAACUAUAUGUGUGUGGUCUGAGCGCCAUUCAGUAAUAAGGUGCGCUCAGACCUAAGCUAUCUGGGGAUAUGUUGCAUGUCUGUAUUUUAUGUAAUAAAUGUAACCUUGUGUAUUUUUAUGUAUUUUAUUGUCUUUUGCUACCAUGUGUUCAAUGGAGUUUUGCCUCUGUCCUUGGAGAUAAUUGGAUUACUUCCCAAUUAUCUCCAGGAUAGAAGACUCUGUGGAACUGGUUUUGAGCAGAAAAGCCAUGCUUAAUUUGGUCUAUCUUUUGAACCAAUGGACCAAUUUGGAUGAUUUUGACAUAUGUUUGUAUUUUGAGUAUGCUGAUUCUGAGAAUGUAAGUGAAUUUAUAUGAAUGUGAUGUAUACUUUUAAAGUUAUGAAUAAUGUGGAAAAACUGUAUUUCUCUGCCUGUGAUAAUUACAUUAAUUAAUUGUGUAAGGUAAUUGUAUCACAGGCAGAGGGGAGGAUUUUGUGUGGGAGUGUCUGAGUGUAUUCUACGUUUAUUGGUUGUUUUACAAAACCCUGUGGGUGGUACUAAUGUGUAAGAAUGUGUAUACAAGAACAAUAAACCCACAGCUCUAGCUGUUCACUGCUUGACUCUCAACACAGAGCUUUGUCUCGAUCUUGGGGGGGGGUUUAUUGUAUGCUGUUAGAGACUGAUUGCCAGAAGUGUAAGCCGCUUGGGUGCUUUUCCUGUUCAGCUGCUAGCAGCUAUUCGUGAGGUUCCAGUUCAGGAGUUUGGAGUGCUACUUUGUAUCCUGUUCGGGAGUUUGGGGUUCUGCUGUAGCUGUGCCUGUGUCUCUGGAAGGGGAAGAUCUUCUAAACGGCGGUUUAACUCCUUUUAUGCCUGGGGGUGCCGUUACAACUACUAAACAGUGAUUUCAUUGGCAUGCUGGUUUUUUUUACCGUGUAUUUAAGGUGUUUUGUUUUUCUUCUCAUUAGGUGUAGAACAACUUGAGGCUACACCUUCUCCAAGGCUAGUAAAAACACAUCUCCCCAUUAAGCUGAUGCCAGACUCAUUUUGGGGGAAAAACUGCAAGGUAUCUGAGCAUUCUUCAAGGCCUUAUAUUUUAUAUUACCUAUUGUGUGAACAUUGAAUUACUUUCUAUAAAUUGGAUAGAAACACACAUUUUAGUAACAUUUAAGAGCCAAUCAGAGUUUACUCUGGAUGUUUCUAAAAGCAUGUAGUUUUCUUGCUUUUAUGUCCUUUAUGAAAGCUAAAUUCCUGUCCUGACAUAUUUUUAAACACCCCACUAGAAGACUAUUCCGGUACUUCCUAAUUCUAACCUGAAAACAUAGCAACGGGGCUGCCAUCAGAGGCAUGCAAGCCAGGCUGUGAUCUGUGGCCCCUAAGGACUCUGUAACACUAUGUUGUCUGGUUGGGAAUCGUACUGCAGGUCUAUGACAACACGAGCCCCUUUCAAGUACAGCCUCUAACCAUUCAUUCUGAGCAUGGGCGCAUUGGGAGGAAGUGAUAUCCAUUCACUUCCUUCCAGUGCUCAAAGAAUUCAGCACUGGUGAGGAACAGACCAGCACACCCCUCUCUGCAUAGCUCAGAGCCAGGUCUCCAAUGGACUACAAGGAACCUUGUAGGCAAAGAAGUGGGUAGCUAAAACAUUUGAAAUUUGUGUGUGUUUCUAUCAGUGUGUAUGUGUGUAUCUUUGUCAGUGUGUGUGUGUCUGGCAGGAGGUGUGUGUGUAAAUGUUUGUCAAUAUGUGCAUACUCUCAUGUGUUCCUACUCGGUCCCUAUUUUGAGCCCAAAUCUUUCUGUCCUUCUUUUAUAUCCUAAUGUUCCACUUUUCCAGAUAUAGUUGGUGUGUCUGAAUGUAUAACUUGUUAUUAGUAAGUCAGAGCUUGUAUCUGGGUAUGUGUGUGUAUCUUUGGGUGUGUCUGGAAUGCAUGUAUGUAUAAGUGGUAUCUGUAUGUCUCUAAUGUAUAUGUAUGAGUAUCAUCUAUGUGUCAGGGUGCAUGUGUGUGAGUAUGUGUGUAUGGGUGGGUGGGUGGGGGCCCAGUCCCUAGAUUUGUAAGUGGCCCCCGAGUGUUUUGAUGGGAGCCCUGCAUACCAACAGUCCAGGAGCUCGUCAAUUUCCAAUUCUUUUCCUAUGGACAAAACUUUGACUGUUGGAGGCCUGAGACUGUAACUACUAAACUAUUUCUUAUAUGCACAAAUAUUCCUUUAUAACCAAAUUUCCUGAUGUUGUUCUUAAAUUUAAUUAAACGGACACUAUCGGCAUCAAAACACCUUUAGCUUAGUGAAGCAGUUUUGGAGUGUUGAUUAUGCGUGAGACUUCAGGGGCAUGCUUUAUUAAGCUAAAGUUGUUUUAGUGCCUAUAGAAUCCCUUUAUGUGUGCAUAUGGUUUUGGUUUUUUUUGCACGGUACUGGAAACAUUGUUUUACAAAACUGCCAAACUAUAUGCCCUUUAAAACUCCACCUGUGCCUCUCUCUUGCAACUAUAAUUUUCAGCCACACUACUGCCUAUAACUUGUUGCAAACAGAGACAGUUACAGGAUGUGGACCAUUUUAUAUCAAAUAUACAUAAAGCAAGUAUUACUUCAGCACCACUUUUUAAUAUUUCUGGUUUGUUUUUUUUACUUUGUCACAUUGUUUAUUUAAAACACAAUGGCACUUUACAAUUUUUUUUAAUAUCCUUUCUCUAUUCUGAUUCAUUUUACUUCCUCAAAAGGUUAUUUAUGUUGCUCGAAAUGCCAAGGAUGUAGCCGUUUCAUACUUCUUCUUCCACAAGAUGGUUAAAGCUUUGCCUGAUCCAGGUCCAUGGGAUAAAUUCUUAGAUGACUACAUAAAGGGGGAUGGUAAGAAAUAAAUAUGUGACUGCGGAAAAACAAGAUUUCCUAAGCACUGACCAUACCAACAUUCUCCCGAUUUUUCUUUCAGUGGGCUAUGGUUCCUGGUACGAUCACGUGAUAGGUUGGUGGGAAAAGAGAAACGACUAUCGAAUCCUUUAUCUAUUCUAUGAAGAUAUGAAAGAGGUAUCAAAUAAGAAAACACCUUGCGUGGAGAAAUUCCCUCUUUAGAAGAAAGCACUAUCCUAAACUUGCAUAUGUUAAUUGGAGUUAAUUGGAGAUAAACACAAUACACAUGAGAACAAGAACACAAACACAUAAUGCAUAUUAUAACUCUAUAAACACUGCCCAAAAAUAGAUGAAUGACAUAGAGAUUCAUAUACAGCAAUUUUGGUGGGUUCUUACAUACUUACAUUAACAAGGCAUUAUCCAUGGUAGCCAAAUUGGAAUAAGCUUUCGGGCCUCUGUGUCCAAUUCAGACCUCUGAAACUCUCCCUUGCCCUGCUCUCCCAUGGUCUAGAGCUGAUAUUUUAUGCCUAUUACUGACCUUAAAAGCUAUUGUUUCCCUAUUAGCUGAGCUACCUAUUGGAGAGAGAGGAGGUGGCCUAAUGGGUGCCCAGGGACAGAACUUUGGAUUUAAACCAUUCAGAAUUGGUAUGACGGAGCCUGGGAACUUAAGGUCUCAUAAUUACUUAAUUGAGAUUAAGUUAUCAGGCUGGAGUGGUCCUUUAAGUAGUAAAGAUGGAGGGAAAAAAACAUAGUUACAUUUUGUGUGAAUGUAAGGAUAUGAGUCAAGCCCUGGUGAGGAUGGAAAUGGCAGUAAAAGGUAUGGAUUGGCCCCUAGAAUAGUUAAUCAAUUAAAAGGUAAACAGUACAUUUAGCAGCGUAACAUAUUCAUAUCUUAAAUGUGCUUGUAGCAUGGACUGUGUACUUCUCCUCAAAAACACUAUUUAGUAAAUACUACACUCUUUAAAGUCCAGAUGCCAUGUGGAACAAGCAGCCCCGUUUUAGCUGAUUAUUACCAGCAUAUGAGGAGAAGCUCUUGGAUAGGGGAACAUGUAUCAAGUCUCUGUUCCUUCUUAUGCUUAACAUUAUUUUUACAUUUAUUUAUUUUUCAUUAAAAGCGGAUUUGUUUAUGUCUAUGUUGUGUAAAGAAGUUGAUUCCACGCUAAUGAUAUUCAGCCAAAAAUGGGGCCUUAUGUGCUAUGGGGAUCCAGACUUGACAAACAAACUCUUAUGAGACAGAAAGACAGAGCACCCACUUAUGGGUUAACAAAGUCAAUGGAAAAAAAAGCAGAAGUAGGCCAAAGUGGACAAACAAGCAGAGGCAAUGCAGUCAUACAAGCAAAAAAAACAAAACAAACAACAAAAGAGGAAAACACUAACAGAAUGACGAACAUGUUUACAGGCUACUUAGAACCAGGAAGACAAUAGACCACAAUUGAUUUGGCUUAUGUAGCAUCCAUAUUUAACAUCAGUGCUGAAAUAAAAGCAGCUGGAAUGAUGAUUAACUUAUUUUUCAGUUGCAAAAAAGGGCAGCAUUUAAGUGAUAUAUUCUAUUCCUUUACAGGACCCAAAAAGAGAAAUUCGGAAAAUAUUACACUUUCUAGAAAAGGAGAUGCGUGAAGAGGUUAUAGAUAAGAUUGUUCAUCACACAUCCUUUCAGGAAAUGAAAAAUAAUGACAUGGUAAAUUACAAAACCAUCCCCAACGAACUUAUGGACCAGUCUACAACUUCCUUCAUGAGAAAGGGUAAUUAUUUUUUAUCAUUAUUUAUAUAUAUAUAUAUAUAAACAAACAAGGCAAACAUUUCAUUCUAGCAAAACAUAUAUGACUUAUGAAAACAGUAGGUGAAGAUGACCCUGCCCAAACACCUUUACAAUCUGAAGUGGAUAAUGUCUUAAAAUGCAAAAAUUUACUUGAAAUAAUUACUAAAGAUGCUCCAAUCCAGAGCAUCUCAUUCAGGUCUGUGGGUGUCUUCGUAGCCCAUUAACCCCUCUCCAAGUUCAUCUACAGCAGUGGUUUCCAACCCAGUCCUCAAGUACCCACUACCAGUCCAGGAUUUAGGGAUUACCCAGCUGCUUUUAGAAAAAGAAAAAAAAAAAAAAAACACACAACAGGGUAAUCCCUAAAUCCUGGACUGGUAGGACGUACUUGAGGACUGGGUUAGAAACCCCUGAAUUCUACAGUAAAUAAAAUGUUUAUUCAGUAAAGAAAAAAUAAAAUGAAAUAAAUAUAAUACAAUGUAUAUCUGCUUUUAUUUAUACAGGCAUAGCUGGUGACUGGAAGAAUCAUUUCACCGUUUCCCAGAAUGAAAUUUUUGAUGAGGAUUACAAGAAAAAAAUGUCAGGAACAAAUCUGCAUUUUAGAAUGGAAAUAUAAAAACCAUAGGAAAAUUUAAGAUGCUUUAUUGCUUGAUUUUAGCCAUCCAAGAACCAAUCUAACAACAUUAUUACUAUAAUAAUAAUAAUAAUAAUAAUAAUAAUAUGGCCAUUUUUAUUUCAAAUGCAUUCAAAUCAUUCAAGGGGAUAAUUGUUAAGGUUGUUGGUUUACAAACUGGGUAAAUCUAAUUUUAAAAUAUGUUUUAAUAUAAUUUCUUUGCAUCAAAUCAAUUUUCAAAUUUCUGAAUGUUGCUUAUAUGGGGGGGGGGGGUGAUGUAUCUGAUUGGAUGGGCCCCCUCACAGACAGAGCCAGAGCCUGGGCCCUAGGAACCACCUAUGUCACCUUGUGGGUAAGGUAGCUCUGCUAUAUUAGCAGGAAUCUGCAUAGUAGUUAAUGAUAAAUAAUGGUAAAUCAUGAGGGUUUAUCACAAUGAUAGCUAACCCAUGUUCUAAAGGCUGGCUGAACUCUAUGAUACAUGUACAUCAGAAACAUAGAAGCAAAGGUAAAAAUCACUAGUAUAAUUAUAAGGUAUUUACUGGCAAAAUUAUGGUGAGAGCACCAUAAUUUUAGUUAAUGGUAGGUUUAUGUACUAUUACCGCCACCAUAUUCACCCUGGGGACCCGUGUCAGCUCCUGGCAUUUCAUUUGCCAGUGCUGUACUCUCGUGUAUAUGUGUGAGAGUACAACACUGAGAUCUACAGAGGAUUCUGUGAGACGCUCCAUAGAUCACAUUUCAUGAUGAGCUGUCACUUGUGAAGGCUGCUAGGAUUGGGCAAAAGGUUUGAAAACUUUUGUCAACUUCAGGCUUGCCUAUAAGACAAAGCAGUCCUUACUUUGUCUUAAAUGGACAAUAUAGGCACCUAGACCACUUGAUUUCAUUGAAUGGAGUGGUUUGGGUGAAAUUCUACUGUCCCCUUAACCCUGCAAGGUAAAAAAAAAAAAAUUCAGUUUCAGAGAAACUGUUCCCUACUCCAGCCAUCACCCAUGGGUGGCAGGUGGGGACUCUAAAUAAUAAUACGAGAGGGGUGAAGAUGCCAUUGUCCAUCCCCUACAAUUAAUGGCAUUGUCCCCAAGCAACUAGCCACCCCAUCUUAAAUUAGCCCAACUUACCCCCUCUCAUUCUAAGAAAACUAAUAUGAGUAAAAUAAACAAAAUUGUACUAACAAAGUCUUCUUUCUUUUAAUGCUUAUUUUCUUCUGCCUCUAAAAAGGCCAGAUUAAAAUUACUGGAAGCAAGCAAAUAGCACUUGAAAUUAUCAUUCACUUGCAAGAAGUAAAUUAAUCCUAAUUUGUGCAUGCGCUUCCGCCCAGAUGUAUUCGGUCAAGAAUUUUGAUAAAUGUGUGUUUUGUGAAUUUUGCAAGUCAUAUACUUUCUAAAAGGUUUGGAAAUGAUAGCACUGAUUUAAAUCCAGACACUGAAAGGAUCACUAUAGGGUCAGGAACACAAACCUGGGCCCCUCAUGCCUCCAUAAAUAUAGCAAAAUCUUACUGUAUUCAAGCCUGAAGCUGUAACUCUGCAUGCUGUUAGACUCAGAAAAACAAACAGUCUGCUGACAUCAUCAGAAGAGGUAGCCUGAUCCAAUUACAAUGCUUCCCCAUAAGAUUGGCUGAGACUGACAAAGAGGCAGAUCAGGGGCAGAGCCAGCAUGAUUCAAACACAGCCUGGGCCAAUCAGCAUCUCCUCAUAGAGAUGAAUUGAAUCAAUGAAUCUCUAUGAGGAAAGUUCAGUGUCUGCAUGCAGAGGGAGGAGACACUGACUGUUUGCAUUUUAGGCAGCCAUGACCCAGGAAGGAUCUCUAACAGCCAUCUAAGGAGUGGCCAGUGAAGUUAUCACUAGGCUGUAAUGUAAACACUGCAUUUUCUCUGUAAAGACAGUGUUUACAGCAAAAAGCCUGAAGGGAAUGAUUCUAAUCACCAGAACAAAUUCAAUAAGCUGUAGUUGUUCUGGUGACUAUAGUGUCCCUUGAAUGUAUCCGUUUGUUGCAAAUUGUUGCAAAGUUUCAACGGACUUUGUACAUCUGGACAACAUUCUGUGUUAAAUGAAUAACCCUCUAUAUCUUUUUAAAAAGCUGAGAAGUGAAAGAGACCUUUAAAUAACUGCAUAGGAGUCUGGAUAAACAUUUGCUGUGGGGUUUUUGUGUGCUUUGUGUUCUCUGUGCAUCUCCCUUUAAGUACACAAAGGAAUCUGAGACCAAGUCCCUGUUGCACCAAGGCAAAGCUGACAAACAGGAAGCAAGAUAUCUAAUUCCUCAGAUUCAGGCAAAGUCUGUUUAUUUUUAUUAAGUUACCUAUACACCAUUGUACACUUUAAAAUAUUAUAUUUCCACAACAUUCUCACUGCCCUGCAGCCCACCAUCAGCAUUUAAAACUUACAUUAAAUGUUCCAAGUCUCUUAUACCUUCACUUAGGGCUGCCUGCUGCUGCUGCUUUGUAGUGCAUGUGAUUGCGGUGAUUGAAGUGAUUGGUCUGUGAAAACCUGCAGCAGCCGGCAAGUUAGGUUCAGCAGCAAUUGGUCAGAUAAAAGUAGAAUGUAAACAAAAAUUUAGUGAGAAAAAUGUUACAAUAAAAAGUGUAAAGAAUUGAGUGCAAGUCCUAUAUCAUCCGUUUAUAUAUCCUUCCAAAAUACUCCCUAUAAAUUGUGUAAAACAAUUCAAAAUCAGAAAAGUAUAAAAUAAAAGUGAUCCAUGUGUGUACCGCAAAAUACAAUAUUUAUACCGCCAAACAUUUGGUUCAAUUAUUCGUAAUACCCACAAAAAUUUGAAAAAAUAAUAGAUAACAGUGUUGUAUUGUGUAUUAUCAGGCAAAAGUUAUAUAACAAUAUACCGUCACAAUAUUUAAACCCAAAUAAAUCUGUCUCUGAGAACAGGGUGUCUGGUUUAUUUAACCCCUUAAGGACCAAACUUCUGGAAUAAAAGGGAAUCAUGUGUCCUUAAGGGGUUAAGGUUGCAACAUAUCUAUUGAUUACCUGGAACACAUUAUUAUGGGAAUAAUCCUUAAAUUAAAUGCACCUAAAAAAUCUGAAUAGUGUAAUCUGUUAUAUAACAUGCAAUUGCACACAAUAAAAUACAGAAUUGCACUCACAUAAGGGAGAACCUCUUAA